AGGGGGCGGGGCGGGCCUGGAAGCCUUAGCCCUAGCAGGCGUCAGACCGCGGCGCGGGACACCGCGGGAUGGGGAGGGUGCAGCUCUUCGAGAUUCGCCUGAGGCAGGGUCGCGUCGUCUACAGUCCUGGAGAGCCGCUGGCUGGGGCCGUGCGCGUGCGCCUGGGAGCGCCACUGCCCUUUCGAGCUAUCCGGGUGACCUGCAUGGGUUCCUGUGGGGUCUCCAACAAGGCCAACGAUGGGGCAUGGGUGGUGGAGGAGAGCUACUUCAACAGCUCCCUGUCACUGGCUGACAAGGGAAGUCUACCGGCUGGAGAGCACAACUUCCCCUUUCAGUUCCUGCUGCCUGCCACAGCACCCACAUCUUUUGAGGGACCCUUUGGGAAGAUUGUACACCAGGUGAGGGCCUCUAUCGACACUCCACGUUUUUCCAAGGAUCACAAAUGUAGCCUUGUGUUCUACAUCCUGAGCCCCUUGAACCUGAACAGCAUCCCAGACAUUGAGCAACCCAAUGUGGCCUCCACUACCAAGAAGUUCUCCUACAAGCUGGUGAAGACAGGCAGUGUGAUUCUCACAGCUAGCACUGACCUUCGUGGCUAUGUGGUGGGACAGGUGCUUCGACUCCAGGCUGACAUUGAGAAUCAGUCAGGCAAGGACACCAGCCCUGUGGUGGCCAGCUUGCUACAGAAGGUAUCCUAUAAGGCCAAGCGCUGGAUCUAUGAUGUGCGAACCAUUGCAGAAGUGGAGGGUACAGGUGUCAAGGCCUGGAGGCGUGCUCAGUGGCAAGAACAGAUCCUAGUGCCUGCCCUUCCCCAGUCAGCCCUGCCUGGCUGCAGCCUUAUCCACAUCGACUAUUACCUACAGGUCUCCAUGAAGGCACCUGAAGCCACUGUGACUCUACCACUCUUUGUUGGCAAUAUUGCUGUGAACCAAACACCACUGAGCCCCUGUCCAGGCCUAGGGUCUUCUCCUGGGGCCUUGUCCCCAGUUGUGCCCUCUGCACCACCCCAGGAAGAGGCCGAGGCAGUGGCUAGUGGCCUCCACGUCUCAGACCCUGUUUCCCUCUCUACCAAGAGCCAUUCUCAGCAACAGCCACUGUCAACCCCAUUGGGUUCUCUGUCUGUCACCACCAUUGAUCCCUGUGUUCAGGCUGGAAGCCCUGCUAGAAAUUCUCUGCACCCUCCCUUGUGCAUCUCUAUAGGUGCCACUGUCCCAUACUUUGCAGAAGGCUCCGGGGGCCCAGUACCCACCACCAGCGCCUUGAUCCUUCCCCCAGAGUACAGUUCAUGGGGCUACCCCUAUGAUCCUGCUUUCUCUUCACAGAGGCUCCACCAUCCUAUGAGCAGAGCUGUGGUGCCAGUACAGACCCUGGCCUGAUCCCAGGGAGCUGACCCUGGUGAGCUAACUCUUACCACGUUCUUCGGUGGGCCUGGCCUUUGCCCUGGGACUGGAUGUCCAGGGCCGCGUGCCUUUUGCUCUCUGCCUGGCCCAGCUACUCAGGACCUGCAGCCGAUGGGACGACCCCUGGUGGACCAGACUCUCCUGGCUCCUCUGGAAUUAAUCAGUCCUGGAGAGGCUGGGGUAGGGCGGCAGGGAUCUGGGACCUGGAGAGACUAUAAAUAAAGCAUUUUAUUUGUA